AAGAAUAAUUUAAUUAAAAUUACCAAUCAAUACUACAAAUGUCCUGUAUCUCUUUGACCCUCUCUUCUUUUGAUCUCUGAGUUCUCUUUCCUUUUCUAUUUUUCCUUCUAAUCUGUCUGAUACCAAUUCUUUCCUUGUGCUUGAGAAUGGAAGAAACUGCUGGGAAUGCUGUUUUAGAAGUUGGAAAGUGCUUAAGUGCUCCGAUUGGGCGUCAGUUUAUGUACUUGUACAACUACAAAACCAACUUUCACAAUCUUAAAAAAGAAGCUAGAAAGCUGAAGGAUGCAAGAGAUGAGGUGAAGGCUAAGGUUGUUGCUGCUGAAAAUAAUGUGGAAAAGAUCAAACAGACUGUUAAAGACUGGCAGGGGGAUGUGGAUUCCACCAUUGAAGAAACAGACAAGCUGAUUCAAGAGAAAUCAAACAGCAGUUGUUUCAACUUGAUCACUUACUACAAAAAUGGCAGGAAAGCAUGGAAAAAGCUGAACGCUAUAACUGAACUUCUUCAGGAAAAAGUAACAUUUGCUCAGGUUUCUCUUCCUACCGCUCACGAAGUCAUUCGGCUCACUAACAAAGAUUAUGAGGAAUUUGAAUCAAGAAGGUCAGUUUUCAACAAUGUGCUGAAGUCAUUAGAUGAUCCUGAGGUUGGAAUUAUUGGGGUUUAUGGAAUGGGUGGAAUUGGUAAAACCACACUGGUCAAAGAAGUUGGUCAUCAAGCCAAGAAAAACCAUUUCUUGGAUGAGGUGGUUUUCGUAGAGGUAUCUGAUAAACCAGAUACUAAAAAGAUUCAAGAUGAACUUGCGAAUCAGUUAGGUGUGAAAUUUGAUACGGAGGCUGAACGAGUGAGCAAGUUGAAUGCGAGACUGAAGAAUGAUAAGAAAGUGCUUGUAAUUUUAGAUAAUAUAUGGGAACGAUUAGAUUUGGAGGCUCUCGGUAUUCCUUGUGGAGAUGGCCGUGGGGGAUGUAAAUUAUUGCUGACAGCAAGAAAUCGUAAUGUAUUAUGGAGUAUGGAUUCCAAGAAAGAUUUCUCGAUGGGUGUCUUAAAGGAAGAAGAAGCUUGGAGAUUGUUUAAGAAGAUGGCAGGUGAUGUUGUUGAUCAAACAAAUAAGCUGAAUACUCUGUCGAAUGAUGUGUGCAACGAAUGUCGAGGUUUGCCAAUUGUCAUUACUACAAUAGCAAGAGCAUUAAGGAAUAGGAGACAUCAAUCUCAAUGGAAAGAAGCCUUGCGAGAGCUAAGAAUGCCUUCUCCAACAAAGUUUGCAGGCUUGCUAGAAGAGGAAUAUUCAAAGAUAGCAUUGAGUUAUAAUUAUCUAAAAGGUGAUGAGCUCAAGAAAAUUCUGCUAAUCUGUAGUCUACUGAAAAAUAAUACUACAAUUUCAGACUUGUUCAAACUCAUUAUGGGUUUAGAUAUAUUGAAAGGAGUUAAUCUUACUAUGGAACAAGCACGAAAUAAGCUGGAAAGUCUUGUCUAUGAACUCAAGGAAUCUUGCUUGUUGCUUGAUGAUUCAACUAGUGAAGAGUUUUCCAUGCAUGAUGUUGUUCGUUCAAUUGCCAUAACAAUUGCAUAUAAAGAUCAUCAUGUAUUUACGGAGCGAAAUGACAUGGUGAUGGAAUGGUCAGAUAAAGAGCAAUUGAAAAAAUGCACUAAAAUCUCACUAGCUGAUUGUAAUAUGAUUAGUGAGACUUGGCCUCAAGGUUUGGAUUGUCCAAAACUUGAAUUUUUCAGUACAAGGAUGAAUGGUUCUUUUGAAAUCCCUGAAGAUUUUUUUGUGAGGAUGGGAAACCUCAAGGUUCUAAGUUUCUUACACCUAGAUGAAUUGUCCUUGCCAACAUCUCUUGGUCUUCUCACAAAUCUUCAAACGUUAUGUUUGGAUUAUGGGACAUUUUCAGAUAUAACAAUCAUUGGAGAGUUGAGAAAACUAAAGAUUCUUAGCUUGCAAUGUUGUAAGAUUAAGCAGUUGCCUGAAGAAAUAAGUAAAUUGACUCAAUUGAGGUUAUUAGAUUUAAGUGGUUGUUGGAGACUAAAAGUUAUAGUAUCAAAUGUUAUAUCAAACUUAUUCCGAUUGGAAGAAUUGUAUAUGAGUGGAUGCUCUAUUUUGUGGAAUGUUGAAAUACUUGAGGAGUUGAAGCAUUUGUCUCAAUUGACAACUUUAGAGAUAUAUAUUUCAAAUGAUCAAAUUUUGCGAAAAGACUUCUUCCCCAAAAAUUUGGAGAGGUACAAAAUAUCAAUUGGAAAUGGGGCUACUAAUUUUGGUAGUUCUCGCAUACAUGGUGAUGAUUGGAAGUUCAUGCAUGUUGAAAGCUAUUUGUUAAAUAAGUUUGCUACUUUAAGAACGUUGAAAGUGAAUUUUAGUUCUAUCAUCUGGCAAGAGGAAUUGCAAUGCUUCUCGAAUGUUGAAUUCUUAUGCUUAGACAAAUUGCAAGGUAUCAAGAAUGACCUCUCUGAAUUAGACAAUAAGGGUUUUUCUGAAUUAAAAUAUCUCUAUGUCCAUAAUAAUCCUAACAUCGUGUGCAUUGUUGACUCAACAAAGUGCAUACCUCAUGAUGUCUUUCCCCUCCUGGAAUCUUUGAUUUUUUUCAACUUGAUUAACUUGGAAAAGAUAUGUUAUGGUCUACCCUCAACAAAGUCUUUCUACAACUUAAAAUUUAUAGAAAUGAAAAACUGUAAUAAGUUAGAAAAUAUCUUCUCAUUCUCCAAUGCUAGUAGAAGCCUUCCACAACUUCAAUUAAUUAAGGUGGAAGAUUGCAAGAAUUUGACUGAGAUUUUUGCUGUUGAAAGUAAAAAUAGAGUAGACAAAAAUGAGGUUGUUUUCCCUUGUUUGGAAGAAUUAAAGCUUGGAGCAAUUAAUUCUGAGAAAAUUUGGGAUAACAAACUUUCAACAACCUCUUGUUGCUAUCGGAAUUUGAAAAGAUUGAUUGUGGAUAGCUAUCAAAAACUAAAAUUUGUGUUUCCAUCAUCUAUAAUCAAAAGCUUUGAGCAACUUCAACACCAUGAGAUAAGUUGUUGUAAGGAAUUAAAUGAGAUUGUUGUCAAAGAAGAAACAGAGGGUACUACUAUAUUUAUUUUUCCAAGGAUAGCUUUUUUGAAACUUAAAGAAUUGUCAGAGCUUACUACAUUCUCCCAUGGUAAACACAACUCAAAUUGGCCUAUGUUAAAGGAGUUGGAGGUGUAUGAUUGUAGUAGACUAGACAUAUUUACUUCAGAACAUAAGGUUGUUGUCCCCAAUUUGGAGGUCUUAGAACUGCGUUCAGUCAAUUCUGAAAUACUCUGGGAUAGUCAAUAUGUGGCAAUUUCUUCUUGCUAUCAACACUUGACAAACUUGAUCCUGAAUGGUUGUGAAAAACUAAAAUAUGUAUUUUUACCAUCCAUGGUGAAAAGUUUUGAGCGGCUUGAACACAUUGAGAUAUGCAAUUGUAGUGUGUUGAAGGAGAUUAUUUCAAAAGAAAUGGAAGCAAACAAGACAUUUGUAUUUCCACGAGAAACCUUCCUAAAACUGGAAAAUUUGCCCGAAUUUGCAACUUUCUAUCCUGGAGUACACACUUCUGAAUGGCCAGUGUUAAAGAAGUUGGAGGUGUGUAAUUGUGACAAAAUAAAAAUAUUCACUUCAGCAUAUAUGAGCUUCCAUGAUAAUAAUGAGGGUCAACAUGAUAUUUGGGAGAAACAAUCCCUCUUCUUGGCCGAAAAGAUUAACCACAAUUUGGAGAAAUUAACCCUAACUAGAGCAGAUCACAUGAUAACAUUGCUACAUCAGUUUCCAGAAAACUUUUGUAGAUGUACAAUUGAGAUCAAACAGGAUAAAUCUGCCAAUAUUUCAGUUGGCAUCCUUCAGAGAUCGGUUAAGCUGGAAAAACUCAUACUCAGUGGCUGUUCAUAUGAAGAGAUAUUUACAUGUGGAGAGGAUGAGAAACAUACACAGACAAUGAUACACAUAAAAAGUUUGGAGUUGAGUAAUCUUUAUGAUGCGAAGUACCUUUGGGGAAAAAGCUCCAACCUAGACUCUCUUCUUCAAAAUCUUGAAGUUCUAGAUGUAAAUAAUUGUCAUAGAAUGAUAAAUGUUCUGCCGUUCGCAGCAUCUUUUGAGAAUCUAACAGUUCUGAAUGUACGGAGAUGUUUUGGAUUGAUGAACUUACUCACACCUUCAAUAGCAAAAAAUUUGGUCCAGUUGCGAGAAAUGAAAAUUGGAAGUUGCAGAAUGAUGACAGAAAUAGUAUCAAAUAAGACAGAAGAUGUAGCAGCAGAAGAUGAAAUUGUUUUUGGCAAACUGAAAUUGUUGUCACUUGAAAACUUACAAUGCCUCACAUGCUUCUACUCUGGGAAUUAUGCAUUGAAAUUUCCGUCUUUGGAUAAAUUAACUGUAUAUGAUUGUCCUACGAUGAAGACUUUCUCUGUAGGAAACUUAAAUACACCAAGUUUACAGAAAGUUCAACAAGAUUGGCCGGAUAAAGACAAAUGGAGUUGGAAGGGUGACCUAAAUGCAACCAUACAACCAUUGUACGAAAAAGAGGUUAACUCUAAGUCAGAGGAAUUGACACUAAGUGGAAAAGACGUCACACUUAUAUGACAAGACCAACUUGCAGAACAUCAGUUUUCUAAAGUGAAAAUUCUUAAGAUCACUAAGGAUGAAUCAUCGAACAUUCCAAUUGGAAUCCUUCAGAAAUUUAACAAUCUUAAAAAACUUAUACUACGAUCGAGUUCAUAUAAAGAGAUAUUCUCAUGUGAAAAAGAUGAGAAACAUGUAAGCAUGCUCACACAAAUAAAGGAACUAGAGCUACGGGGGCUUUUCAAUUUGGAGUACAUGUGGAAAGAAAAAUAUCAUCUGGACUCAAUUCUUCAAAAUCUUGAAAUGUUACACUUAAAU